CACGUUCUGUGACAUAAAAGCAGAUGAGGGGAGGAGGCAUAAUAAAAUGGCUCCUAAUCUACAGAAUCGGAACUGCGACGGACAGAGCGUUUGGGAAGUAAUAAGGAAAUCGGAUGAUUGGAAAGAGUAUGGAAACCGUCCUCCAUUGCCAGAGGAUACAGAGACUUCACCAAACUUUAUUGUGGUUCAACCAGGAGGAAUUCUUAGGGUUGUACUUGUCUUAGAUACCAGUGGGUCUAUGGAUGGAGAGCGUUUUGAGAAGAUGAUCAAAGGGGCUAAAAACUUUAUCAGCAGUAUAGUACCUGACAAUAGUUACGUGGGCAUUGUCGACUUCAAUUACAAAUUCAAAGUGGAUUCGUACAUGACUAAACUCACCAAUGCUACAUCGAGGGAUGAAAUGAACUCACGACUCCCAAUUUUUGCUAAUGGUGGUACGUGCAUUGGAUGUGGUAUUCUAGGAGGCAUUGAGGUUGCCCAAUACAAUGGAAUGGAUUCCCGGGGCACCUAUCUCAUACUCCUCAGCGACGGAAAGGAAAAUGUGGAACCCCUCAUAGCUGAUACACUGGAUGACAUCAAGAAUUCAAGUGUUAUUAUACAUACAAUCGCCUUCUAUGAAGCCGAUACUCAGAUGGAGGAACUGGCCCAGAUGACAGGGGGUUCAUCGUAUACAUGUCCUGAUGGUGGAAGCGCACAGUGCGUCAUCUCUGCUUUUGUGUCAAUAAUAGCCACAAGGCCUCAAAGUAUUCCUGAAGCACCAACACAGGUUGAGAGUAAAACAGUCAAAGUAGACCCCAGUUCGACUGAGACCACCACGGUCAUGAUCAAUGCUGCUCUAGGAUUGAAUACUAUCAUGACAUUCACAUGGUCGGCCAACUCCAUCAUAACCAUUUCAGUGACAGGGCCAGACGGAACCAUUAUAGACGACAACGAUCCAGAAUAUAAUAUCGAUAUAAGUUCGAAAAUUAUCACCAUCUCCAUUGAUGUCGCAGAGCCUGGUGAAUGGAUCAUUUCAAUCAUUAACAACCAUAAUCUCGUGGAAGAAGUGAGUGUGGAUGUGAAUUCAAAACAACGCUCUAAGGAUGUCUAUCCUCCUGUUGUUAGCAGCUUCUUAGGAGCAAAGAUAGUAAACUACACGUCAUUCCCCUUGGUAGAGAUCUAUGCCUAUGUUCAUACCAACUACCAACCCGUGAUCGAUGCGACGGUGAUUGCUACAGUGGAGAGCACGUUAACGGGCUAUGAGACAGUCAUCCCACUCCAAGACAAUGGAAUGGGAGCUGAUUUGAUCACUGGUGACGGCAUUUACUCGGCUUAUUUCCUAGACUUCUCUUCGAAUGGACGAUAUGGCGUCAAAGUAGAUGUAAACGGAAUAACAACCUCUUCAUCAAACAAUACUUUGCGAUCCAAGAGAGCCACGGGGACACCUACCACUCCACGACCCCCUCAAGGGUUCCAACUUACCACUACGGCUGGUGUAUUCCAAGUCGAGAACUACUCCCCGGAUCUGAAUGUUGACAUCUUGGCACCAUCUAAGAUCACUGACAUUACGAGCGUUGAGAGAACUUACGACGAGAAAAGAAAUGUCACAUUGACAUGGAUGUCUGUAGGGGAUGAUUUGGACCAAGGAACAGGUGAAAAAAUGGGCAACUACCGUGUUUUUGUUCUUUUGGGUUUCUUAUGGGGUGUUGCAAGAAACUUGCAAUUGAUCGCAAGUCAAUUGAAAUUCAUGCAUUUCAUUGCAAAUUUGCAACUGAUUAAGGGUCUGCUUCUCGCAUCAACAAAUAUAAAUUAAUUUGUUUCAUUUAAAAGUGAUCUAUCAUUUCUAAAAAUGAAUUCGAAAUUUUGCAAUCGAUCGCAAAUAUUUUCGCAAAUAUUUUCUUGCAACACCCCCUUAGGGGGUGUUGCAAGAAAAUAUUUCAGUCAUGUGGGGGUUUGUGCGUGUCUGGGUGAGUGGGUGUGUGUAUAACUGAGUUUUUUUUUUUCAGUGGUUAUGUACAUUAGGACCGACCUUUAACGCCACCAUUUGAAAGACAUAUCCAGGGGCCGUAUUCUGAAAAUUGUCUUAUUAAGAAAAAUAUUCUUGUAGCUUUAGAGUUACAAAAAAAUCUGUAUUCCGAAAAUUCUUGUAUCGUUUCUUGUAAAUUUUCUUGUAACUUUCGCUGAGCGCGUAUGAUGUCAGAGCUAAAAAUAUGCGUAAAGUUAAAAACGGCGUAUAAAUAUCCCUUUGCGCAAGAUAACAUAUCGAGAUAAAAGGUAUUCUGAAAAUUAUCUUAUCUUUGCGUUCUGUUAACUUCCCUUGCAAAAUACAAGAAAAUUUAAAAGAGGUAGGGGGCUAUUGUAACUUAUUGUUGCAUGCGAUAUUAGUCCGUCUGCAAUAAUUAUUUCUUGCUGCAUCCUGCAAGAACAUCAUGUUUUACAAAAAGAGACAAUAUAUCGACGGAUUGGUAGACUUUUCAGCAAGAGCCACGUGUAUUUUUAGCACAGAAGCGCACAAGCAAAAGCGUCUGGCCGGGCGCAAGGAAAUUGCGCCUCAUAUCAACAAUGCGCUUCAUUAUUUUUCAGAAGAGAUUGGUUGACCCAACGAACGUAGAGGGCAGCAACACACAAGCGUGUUGCUCUAAGGAAGGUGACCCGACAAUUGCUCCGCCGACAUCUGCUCCGCCGACAAUUGCUACGCAAAAUACGACAACUGCUCCGCCGACAAUUGCUCCGGACAGUUGCUCCGCCGACAGUUGCUCCGUCGACACUUGCUCCGCCGAUAUUUGCUCCGUCGACACUUGCUCCGCCGAUAUUUGCUCCGUCGACAUCUGCUCCGCCGAUAUUUGCUCCGCCGACAAUUGCUCCGCCGAUAUUUGCUCCGCCAAAAUCUGCUCCGUCAAUAUUUGCUCCGCCGACUUCUGCUCCGCCGUAAAUUGCUCCGAUAAUGCGACAUUUAUUUAUUCAUCUAUUCGUACUUUCAUGCGCGUAACAAUUGUAGCACAGGAUGAAGACGUCAAUGCAAAGUAAACUUAAACUAUGCUUGCAUGAUAUAUUACAAGACAUACACAGGGGGCGCGAAACGGUUUUCAAAGUUGGGGCUGACCAUGCUAAAAAUCACAAUCAUAUGGUAAUUUUUACGUUUUUGUACACGGUUUUGGAAAAAAAAUUGGGGCUGAAGCCUCCCAGCUCCGGGCCCCUGAUACAUAACAUAG